AUGAAUUCUGAAACAAAGAUCGAACCAAAGCUCUUAAAUAUUACCUCUUCCAUUUCCGAGUCACAAACGCGUCGCCUCCUCCACUCUACAGCAACGACGGCCGCGGCUUCUCCUUUUCCAACUCUCGGUGUUCUCUCACUCUCCUCUUCUCCUUGUUUCUUCUUACGGCAACGAAUGGUGGAAGGUUGCAGAAUUCUUGGACAGUUUUGUUUGGUUGUGGAUAGGUGGCUCACGAACAUAUGA